AUGGAAAUAUUUGUUCGUGAUUUUGAUCGAACUCCAUUAGCCAUGUUAAAUCGUUUUCUACCUGGUUUUGGACGCUUUUGGGCGUUUCUAUUUCAUAUUUUUCGCACAAUUGGUCUAAUAACAACACCAGCUAAUCUAUGGAUUAUUGAGAAUGCUAAAGAUUUAGUCAACGAACGUUUAUUACAGUCUGAAAAACACCAAAAUGAUGAUAACUGCAAGGAUGUUCUUCAACUAUUAAUCAAAGCAGCAGCUGAUCCAGAAAAGGCACAACUUUCUCUGAAGGAACUGUUAAGUCAUGUAUUUGUAAUUAUGGUUUCCGGUUUCGAUUCACCAUCAACAGUUCUUGCUUAUUGUCUUCAUACGCUCGCAAACAGAAUUGAUUUGCAAGAAAAACUCUACAAAGAAAUUUUAAUCAAUUCACACUCAAAUGAAAAUACGGUAGAUCAUCUCAGCAAACAUGAUUUAUCCAAAUAUAUUUAUUUGGAUGCUUUUAUCAAAGAAGUUCUACGAAUGAAUCCAACUGCUGUUCAGUUUGUUAAUCGACAAUGUACUCAAGAUACAGAAGUACAGGGAUAUAAGAUACCUAAAGGUAGUCUUGUGCAAGCUGAUGUUUACACAAUCCAUUAUGAUUCAACACUAUGGGGACCUUUGCCCACGGAUGAAUUUCAUUUGGAGAGGCACAUGACGAAACGUCAUCCACUAGCUUUAUUAGCUUUUGGUGCUGGUCCUCGGCAAUGUCUUGGUCUUCGAUUUGCAUUUGGUAGGAUAGAAGUAAUUCAUUGA